CAGUUUUCAUGCCACGUCUCAGUGCAAGUCUCGCGAGACUACGCCACGACAUAAAUCUCGUUGUGAUGGCUGCACCGCCUGACACGGAGAGUUUGGAGUCCUGUAUCAACAGAGCGACAAACCCUCUGAACAGAGAGACGGACUGGAGCAGCAUCCAUGCCUUCUGUAAUCAGCUCAACAAUGACCUGGAGGGGCCUCAGCUUGCCACCAGACUCCUGGCUCACAAGAUCCAGUCCCCCCAGGAGUGGGAGGCCAUGCAGGCUCUCCUGGUUCUGGAAACGUGUAUGAAAAAUUGUGGGAAAAGGUUUCACAGUGAGGUGGGCAAGUUCCGGUUCCUGAAUGAGCUAAUCAAAGUAGUUUCUCCAAAGUACCUGGGCUCCCGGUCCCCAGAACCCGUUAAAAAGAAGGUUUUGGAGCUGAUCUACAGCUGGACUCUGGCUCUGCCCGAUGAGGCCAAAAUCUCUGAUGCUUAUCAGAUGCUGAAGAAACAAGGAAUCAUCAAGCAAGACCCGGAGCUGCCCCCGGACAAGCUGCUUAAACUUCCUCCACCCCGACCCAAGAAUGCAGUGUUUGAAGACGAGGAGAAAUCUAAGAUGCUGUCCCGCCUGCUGAACAGCUCCCACCCCGAGGACCUGAAAGCCGCCAACAAGCUCAUCAAAGAAAUGGUGCAGGAGGAUCAGAGGCGAGCAGAGAAGGUGUCGAAGCGAGUGAACGCCAUCCAGGAGGUGAAGGAGAGCGUGGCUCUGCUGACUCAGCUCCUGCAGGACUAUGACAGCAGCACGGCCAGCCAGAGCAACAGCGAGCUCAUCCAGGAUCUCUACCAGCGCUGUGAGAAGAUGAGACCCACACUGUUCAGGCUGGCAAGCGACACAGAGGACAACGAUGAAGCUUUGGCUGAGAUCCUGCAGGCCAACGACAGCCUGACGCUCGUCAUCAACCUGUAUAAGCAGCAGGUGAAGGGGGAGAUCGUGAACGGAAACAACACGUUAAACGCACAGAAACCAACAGGGGGAGGGACGGCACUGCUGGAUCUGUCAGGUCUGGACACCUCUCCCCAGUCGCCUCCCUCCUUUCCCGAGUUUCCCACCCCGACAGACGGCCUCAGCGCCCCCUCCCAGGAGAUGGGGAUCAGUCUCCUUGACGACGAGCUGAUGUCACUAGGUUUAAGUGACGGAACGCACGCCUCCAACCCCCCCUCCCAGCCUGAGGACUCCACAGCGUGGGACUCCUUCCAGUCCUCUGAGAGCACGGAGCCGGACCUCCCCGCAGCUCCCAGCCUCCUCCUGAGUCCCGACCCCCCCUGCCUCUCUCAGCCCCACUCCUCUGGUUCCACCCCCGGGAAUUCUGCCCUGGAUGAGCUGGACCUGCUGGGAAAGACGCUGCUGCAGCAGUCGUUACCCCCUGAGGGGCUGCAGGUCAAAUGGGACAAGCAGCAGUCCAAACCGACGCUGAGAGAUCUGCAGAAUAAAUCGGGCACCAGCUCCUCCGUAGCCUUCACUCCCGAGCAUCCCGCUCGUCUUCCUAACCUCGGAGCCUCGCUGCUGGAAAAAUCCCCGACUCACUUACAAGCUCCCUCUGCAGAAGUUUCACUAAGUGAUGUUUUUGUUCCCUUAGAAUCCAUUAAACCCAGUAGUCUCUUACCUGUAACCGUGUUUGAUGGAAACAGUCUGCGGGUCCUCUUCCAUUUUGCCCGGGACUCGCCGCCGUCUCGGCCUGACGUGCUGGUGGUGAUCAUCUCCAUGCUGUCGUCCGCCCCCAUCCCCGUCACCAACAUCAACUUCCAGAUGACCGCUCCAAAGUCCAUGGCGGUAAAGCUGCAGCCUCCAUCAGGAACGGAGCUCCCGGCGUUCAACCCCAUCCUCCCCCCUGCUGCUGUCACACAGAUCCUGCUGGUAUCAAACCCAAACAGGGAGAAGGUGAAGCUGCAGUACACGCUAACCUUCAGCUUAGGGGAGGAGCAGCACAACGAGAGCGGCAGCAUAGAACAGUUUCCUCCUCCGGAGAAGUGGGGGCAGCUAUAGCAUCCAAACACAACCUGAAACCAACAAACUUUUUGCUUUGAGACGCGACCCCCCCUCGUCCCCCAGCACCCCCUCAAAACUGUCCAGCACAACACUGGUUGGAACGCGGUUUCUUUUACAAACUGUCCUGAAUCCUUUGGGUUAUACUCACGCUCCGUCAUGCGCUUCACAUCCGUCAGGUGUCGUCUGCUGUACAUUGAUGCACUCUUAUUUUAAACUGCGAUGAAGAAGAGGCGGGCUUAUGGGCUCACUAGCUUGAUGUUUGUUCUUUUAGUUUCCGCUCCUUCACCUCCGCAUGCUCUGUGAACACUGGACUCAUGCUUGCAAAAAUCCAGCUCAGUAAACAUUAGUUAGUUUGCAAAAAAAGCAAAGGCUGUACUCAACUUUAUGUGUUGUUUCUGUUCUGUUUAACAUUUUGAUUCCAGAGAAUGAUUGUUUUGGAAGUACUGUAUUCCCUCUUUAUCUGGUGUAAGGAAGAGUCUACUGUGAUGUGUGUUCUCUGCCAUAUGUGCCUAUUUUACAGUUGUAACUUUAUUUAAAGUUUAGUGAUUUAGUUUUUUGAAUGAUUUCAUCUGUUACAUGUCCAUGUUCGGUCUGAUCAGCUACAUCCUAAUAUAUUCAUGUUUGAUACUGUUUAAUUUAAAAUGUGACUACUUCUUCUUCUUUUACGGAUUAAUUUCACGUUGAAGCAUUUAUCCUGAACUUUAGAGUAUAUGCAAGCUGAGCCGCUGUCGGCACAGCGCUCGACUCGGACCCGUCCGGCUUGUUUCUGCAGUCACCGAUGCAUGUCUGCAAACCACGCCCCCAACAGGCUCACAUUCCACUGCACUGAUUCCCAAUAAACGGCAGCGACAGCAGAGUGGUUCUGUACUAUUGACCCAUACAGUCUGCAAACACUGAAUUUCAAAAAGGACAUUUGUUUCCAUUUAAGAAAAACUAAAUAUAUUUAUGAAAAUGUCUGCUCCCCUUAUGAAAUCCAAAAACCCAUGAAUGAAUCUUUAGUUUUGCAGAUCAUGUAUAAAAUUUCUUUGCUCUCUCUAUACAAAAUGUCUUGUUCUUAUUUCUGUAUUGACAAAAUAAAAAGAUGAGGCAAUCAUG